UCUUGUCGCGCGAAGGUGCGAAGGUCCUGAUUUCUCGCAUUUGCGCCCGCGAGCAGCCGGACUGCUGCGCCCUCUCUCAUUUGCAGUGGAGCGUAUUUGGGAAGGCUGUGGUGACUGAAUACUGGCAAGAUGGGGAGUUUGCACAAGAUGACCUGUGUUCUCGUCACGUUCUGCUUGCUGGUGCUGGGGAGAGCAGAGUAUCUCAAGUACAAGGAUCCAAAGCAAUCUCUCGCUGUUCGCAUCAAGGAUCUGCUUGGUCGGAUGACUCUCGCAGAAAAGAUAGGACAGAUGACACAAAUUGAGAGGGAAGUUGCCACGAAAGAGGCUAUGUCUAAAUACUUCAUAGGUAGCGUGCUGAGUGGCGGAGGCAGCGUGCCUGCUCCUCAAGCGUCUGCUGAGUCUUGGGCUUCAAUGCUGGCUGAAAUGCAAAAGGGUGCUAUUUCUACCCGCCUAGGUAUUCCGAUGAUCUACGGUAUUGAUGCUGUCCAUGGUCACAAUAAUGUCUACAGAGCUACUAUCUUCCCCCACAAUAUUGGGCUUGGAGCUACCAGGGAUCCUAUGCUGGUGAAGCGUAUAGGAGAAGCAACUGCUCUUGAAGUUAGAGCAACUGGAAUUUCUUACGUUUUCGCUCCGUGUAUUGCGGUUUGUAGAGACCCAAGAUGGGGACGCUGCUACGAAAGCUAUAGUGAAGACCCAAAGGUUGUCCAGGCAAUGACCACACUUAUCUCUGGAUUGCAAGGCGAUGCUCCGUCAGGUUACACUGGAAGACCAUAUGUUGGUGGAAGUAAGAAGGUUGCUGCAUGCGCAAAGCACUAUGUCGGUGAUGGUGGGACAUAUAUGGGAAUCAAUGGAAACAAUACAAUCAUCGAUACCCAUGGGCUAAUGAGCAUUCAUAUGCCUGCUUAUUAUAAUUCUAUCAUCAGAGGUGUCUCCACCAUUAUGGUCUCCUACUCUAGUUGGAACGGAGAGAAAAUGCACGCUAACCAUUUCCUAAUCACUGAUUUUCUCAAGAACAAACUCAAAUUUCGGGGUUUUGUGAUUACAGACUAUCAAGCCAUUGAUCAGCUCACUUCUCCUACGCACCUGAACUAUUCUUAUUCAGUUCAGGCUGGAAUUGGUGCCGGUAUUGACAUGGUCAUGGUUCCUUUUAACUACACAGAAUUCAUUCAUGAACUGACGUCCCAAGUUAAGAAAAACAUUAUCCCAAUGAGCAGAAUCGAUGAUGCUGUCUACAGGAUUCUACGGGUCAAGUUCACUAUGGGUCUAUUUGAGAACCCUUUCGCCGAUCCAAGUCUCUCUAGUGAACUCGGCAAGCAAGAACACCGAGAACUUGCUCGGGAAGCUGUCAGGAAAUCCUUGGUGUUGCUGAAAAAUGGAAAAUCUUCCGACACUCCAUUGCUGCCUCUCCCGAAGAAAGCCAAUAAGAUCCUAGUUGCCGGAAGCCACGCUGACAACUUGGGCAACCAAUGUGGAGGAUGGACGAUCACUUGGCAAGGAGAAUCUGGCAAUAACAACACUGCAGGCACGACGAUCCUCUCGGCGAUCAAGUCCACAGUCGACCCCAGCACCCAGGUGGUCUACGCGGAGAACCCGGAUAGCAGCUCCGUGGAGGCUGGCAACUACGACUACGCCAUCGUGGUGGUCGGUGAGCCGCCCUAUGCUGAAUCAGCGGGCGACAACCUGAACCUGACGAUCCCGGCACCAGGCCCGGCAGUGAUCCAGACCGCGUGCCAGAGCAUCAACUGCGUGGUGGUCCUCAUCUCAGGCAGGCCUCUGGUGGUGGAGCCAUACAUCGGCGCCAUUGACGCGUUUGUGGCUGCGUGGCUGCCCGGCUCAGAGGGACAGGGCGUUGCAGACGUACUGUUUGGUGACUACGGGUUCACGGGGAAGCUGCCACGGACGUGGUUCAGGUCGGUGGACCAGCUGCCGAUGAACGUCGGUGACGAGCACUACAACCCGCUCUUUCCCUUCGGAUUCGGGCUCACCACGGAGGCGAAGAAAUUAGUCGGAUGA